AUGUCAGAUGUACACUUGAACCAUGCUGAUGCAUCUGAACGGUACUUUAUGUCAACUCCUGUAAAAGAAUGGUCUUAUCCUGGAUAUCUCGAAGCUAUGCAGCCUCACUUCAACGUUCUAAACUGGAGUCACUAA